CCACCACCACCAUCGUUGAAGCCAUACCGUCCAUAUCAAAGAGAACAUAUUCAAUAUCCGCGAUUUUCUGGGUCAUCUUGGCUAGGAAAUUUACUGAAGGACUGGAUAGACGGUAAAGACGAAAUUAGAGCGAUCAAAGCAAUUCCCAUACUCUUCUCCUCCACGUUCUACACGGUGCCAACAGCACCAAAAGCCAUCCUUAUCGUCUCUAUACCACCGUCGACGACGACAACGACUAGGAGGAAGAAGAUAGCAAGAUGGCCGCAGGUGCAACACGAAAGAGCAGACGAGGCCUGAUUCUCGGCGCCAUCCUUUUCGUCUUCGUGUUCAUUUUCUACGUUCCUUGGGAAUUGCCAGCGUCGGUAAAGGAUCGCAGAACUCCAAGUCUCUCUCGGGCUAACGUCGUGCAGCUGGUCAAGGGGUCUAAGGUAGACGAAAUCUACGGUUUGCUGUAUCUUGUCACCAGCACAGAGGAUAAUGGUCGUGCUCUCAACGAACCUGAGCACUUGGAUGUGACACAGCAACUGGACUGGGAUAUCUACGCAGCGGGAAAUCCAAAUGUCAAAUGGCGUAAGGAAGCCGCCCGUAUCGAUAAAGUUCAUCCUAUUGUCGUUUUCAGCAAGACCUACUGCCCAUACUCUCGCCGCGCUAAGCAGUUGCUUCAGAGCUACAACAUCCACCCGCCACCCAAGGUCGUAGAGGUUGAUACCCGAGACGACGGCCACUUCAUCAAGGCACUCUUGACACGUCUUACGAAGCACUCGACAUUCCCCAACGUUAUCAUCCAAGGAAAGUCAAUCGGGGGUUCCGAUAACUUGCAAACUUUACACGUCAAGGGAGAGCUCAAAGGUCUGAUCGAGGCUACUGGGGCAAAGGUCAGGAAGCCCAAGGCUCCCCCAGCCAUGUAAUUCUACCAAUACUCUCUUACGAGACUCAAACGCCGAUUCUAUACCACCCAAGUGGUCCGAAUAUGAAGAGAGAUAUUGGAACUUUUGCA